ACGUGAGCAAUGCAAACAAUACAAUCAAAUUACAUAAAUGAACUGUAUUGAACUCUCAGUGUAUUAUAUUUGUCAUUUGACAAUAAGCUUGAUACCCUGAAAGGGUCAUCAGAAUACCAGUCAACAAUAUACAUUUCCUAUCUAGAGAUAAAAGAAAUUGUCUGAUGAUCCAAUCUGAAUCACUGCAUGACAACCAUGUGGCACUAGCAGAAAAGCAUCAACAACAACAAAAACACUGUUGAGCAGCGGUACAGAUACAAUAUGUGUGUGUGGAGAAAUAUGUUGUGAUUUGUAGAAGCAUGUGUGAAACCAGUCUUGUUAGAAAACUAUUGCUUUGGAAAUUGUGAUCAUUUAUUUUCCUUCCUGAAUUUUCUAAGUGCACUAAAACAUCAUUUUUACAAACCAGUGAGUUACAGUUUUAUUAGUGAAUAUUCCUGUAUUGGAAAAUGGGAACUCACAGUUAUGAAGAAAUUAUUUUAUUAAUCAUUGUAGAAAAUUAGUAACCUCAAAAUACACUUGUCCAUACUGUGUGUCAGUGUGUUUUAAAUCAUUUUCUUUUAGAUUCAAUCUUCAAGUAUAUAUAACAAUGUUGACUACUGAGGAAAAUUUCAGAUGCUUACUUGCGGAUAACAGUAGUCUGAAAAUACAUAUGACAAUCGCAAACUAGUUGUCCUAAAACACAUAGAACAAUACACACUGAUGAUAAGAAUCAUGAAUGUGAAUAUUCAACUUGGCACAAAGGCAAUCUUAAAAAGCACAUGAAUAUAUACAUUCGCGAAAAAUUAUGAAUGUGAAAAUUGUGAAUAUUUCCACUUUGCACAGAAGUAAUCUUGAAACGCACAUGCAAACACAUACUGGUGAGAAGAGUUAUAAAUGUGAACUUUGUCACCGUUCAUUUUCUCGCAGUGGGGAUCUUAAAAGACAUAUGAAAAUACACACUGGUGAGAGAACUUAUCAAUGUGCAAUAUGCCACCGUUCAUUUUCUCACAGUAGUAGUCUUAAGAAACAUAAUAUGAUAAUGCACACUGGUGAGAAGAAUCAUGGAUGUGAAAUAUGUCAUCGUUCAUUUACUUAUGGUAGUAAUCUUAAAAGACAUAUGAAAAUACACACUGGUGAGAAGAAUCAUAAAUGUCAAGUAUGUCAUAGUUCAUUUUCUCACAGUUGGGAUCUUAAAAGACAUAUGACAAUACACACUGGUGAGAUGAAUCAUGGAUGUGAAAUAUGUCAUCGUUCAUUUACUGAUGGUAGUAAUCUUAAAAGACAUAUGAAAAUACACACUGGUGAGAAGAAUCAUAAAUGUGAAAUAUGUCAUACUUCAUUUUCUAAUAGCAGUAAUCUUAAACAACAUCUGACAAUACACACAGGUGAGAAGAAUCAUAAGUGUGAAGUAUGUCUACGUUCAUUUUCUCGAAGAGGAGAUCUUAAAAAACAUAUGACAAUACACACUGGUGAGAAGAAUCAUAAAUGUGAAAUAUGUCAUCGUUCAUUUUCUCAGAGAAGUAAUCUUAAAACACAUAUGAUAGUACACACUGGUAAGAAGGGCCAUAAAUGUGAAAUAUGUCAUCGUUCAUUUUCUUAUAGAAGUAAUCUUAACCAACAUAUGACAAUACACACUGGUGAGAGGAAUCAUAAAUGUACAAUCUGUCAUAGUUCAUUUUCUCAGAGCAAUGGUCUUAAAGAACAUAUGACAAAACACACUGGUGAGAAGAAUCAUAAAUGUGAAAUCUGUCAUAGUUCAUUUUCUAACAACAGUAAGCUAAAAAGACACAUGACAAUACACACUGGCGAGAAGAAUCAUGAAUGUCAAAUAUGUCAUCAUUCAUUUUCUCAAAGAGGUAAUCUUAAGCAACAUAUGACAAUACACACUGGCGAGAAGAAUCAUAAAUAUGAAAUAUGUCAUCAUUCAUUUUCUCAUAGCAGUUCUCUAAAACAACAUAUGACAAUACACACUGGUGAGAAGAAUCAUAAAUGUGAAAUAUGCCAUAAUUCAUUUUCUCGAAGUGGAGAUCUUAAAAAACAUAUGACAAUACACACUGGUGAGAAGAAUCAUACUGGUGAGAAGAAUCAUAAAUGUGAAAUCUUUCAUAGUUCAUUUUCUCAGAGCAGUAAUCUUAAACAACAUAUGACAAUACACACUGGUGAGAAGAAUCAUGAAUGUAAAAUAUGCAAUCGUUUAUUUUCUCAGAGCAGUAAUCUUAAACAACAUAUGACAAUUCAUACUGGUGAGAAGAAUCAUACAUGUGAAAUAUGUCAUAAUUCAUUUUCUCGGAAUGCAGAGCUUAAAAAACAUAUGACAAUACACACUGGUGAGAAGAAUCAUAAAUGUGAAAUCUGUCAUAGUUCAUUUUCUCAGAGAAGUAAUCUUAAACAACAUAUGACAAUACACACUGGUGAGAAGAAUCAUAAAUGUGAAAUAUGUCACCAUUCAUUUUCUCAUAGCAGUUCUCUUAAAAAACAUAUGACAAUACACACUGACGUGAAGGAUCGAUCUUUUAAGGGUCGUCAAAGCCGACAUAGGCAUAUGAAUAUCCAUACUAACAAAAUUAUAUAUAAAUGCAAAUAUUGCAUCUGCCAGUGCUCCAACAGUCGUGAGAUGAAAAAACAUACGAGAAGGCAUAAAAAAGAGAAACUUUAUAAAUGUGAUACAUGUGAUAAAUCAUUUUUAAGGAAAAAAAAUCUUGAAUCGCACGUUGAGAUGCACAUUUAAGUAGACAAAAGUGCAUGCAAACCGUUUUAGCACUAUAUCUAUCAUGCAUAUCGUAUGAAAUGCUAUUAACUCUGGUAUACUGCUGAGACCGGAAAACAUAAAAACACAGCAAAAAAAAAAAGAAAAGAAAAAAACAGGUUACACAAAUUAUGUACAGUACUAAAAACUGUUGAAUUUGAAUUUAACAUUCUUCUGUUUUGUGUUAGGUUUAAAGAUUUACCAUAUAGAUAAUUACAAAUGUAAAUAUACUAUGUAUAUUUUU